UUCACUUCCCAAAUGAAAAUUCUAUUCCCUCUAAUGAGUCCGUGAAUUCCAAAGUAGUUCAAGUUAGUUCAAGUAUAUCAACACUUGCUCUUAGUCCGCCGUCGGAGAAUAAUCUUCUCAAAAAUCCUGGUGUAAUCGUAGAGUAAACAUGGCCGAUGGGACGAAAAGUUACAUGUGGUUUCCGGUGCUAAUUGCUCUGUUUUACACCAUUUACACAAAUGAUGUUUACAGAGAUAUAGCGCAUAAAGUAUUUACGGGCGAUGUAUCCGGUGCUUAUGAAGCCUAUUCCAAGUAUUCUGAGAGUGAAAACGUCGCGGGAGUUGAUGAACGCGUGGGAAAGAGUGAUAAAAAGGGAGGGAAUUCGGUAAUUUAUAGUGAAGAAGAAUUGGCGAAAUUUUCAAAUCUCAAGGACGGACUUUAUUUGGCGAUUUUGGGACGGGUUUAUGAUGUCACUGAGGGGGCGAAACAUUACGCACCUGGAGGAGGGUAUCAUGGAUUCAUCGGAAAAGACGCAACUUUGGCCUUUAUCACUGGUGAAUUCAACGAGGAGAAUCUCAGCGAUGAUGUUUCUACUUUGACCAACUCCCAAGCAAAGUCCAUCAUCAACUGGGUCAAAUUCUACGACGAAAAAUAUGUGUACAAAGGAAAAUUAGUGGGAAGAUUUUACGACAAAAAUGGAGAUCCAACAGCUGAAUACCACGAAUUCAUGGACAAGGUGGAGAGGGCGGACGAGGCAGACACAAUUCAAGAGGAAAUGAAGAGGAAAUUUCCACCUUGUAACGUAGAGUGGAAGCCCGAGGAUGGAACCAGAGUUUGGUGCUCACCACAAAGUGGUGGAAUCUCGAGAGAUUGGACAGGAGUCCCCCGACAAUUCUUCGAGAAGCCCUCAAGCGCCAAAAACAGAUGUGCCUGUGUGAAUCUAGAGAACUCUGAUUUCCGCGAGCAUCAGGGAAAAUUCAGAGAAUAUGAAAACUGCGCGAGACUGUCGAGUACCUGCUAUGUGAAAACGUGAUAAAAAUCAGUUCAAAACUAAACUAAAUAAGUGGAGGAUGAAAAUAGAGAAAUUAAAAAAUCUCAGCACAAAUUUUCUCAGGAAGAGAAUUAAAUAAGUAGCGAAUUUCUAGCACAAAGAAGUUUGAGUGUUGAAACAUUUCAUAAUGCUUAAUUGAUUAUAGCAUUUAUACCAUGACCAUGUUUUGUAUUAAAAAAGAAUUUAUUUUAGCAAUAAAAAAAAUAGA